AUGAAUCCUUUCUCUUCAGGGACGCGUUUGAGGGACAUGAUUCGGGCCAUACGUGCUUGCAAGACUGCAGCAGAAGAGCGUGGUGUUGUAAGAAAAGAAUGUGCAGCCAUCCGUGCUUCAAUAAAUGAAAAUGAUCAAGAUUACAGGCACCGAAAUAUGGCUAAGCUUAUGUUCAUCCACAUGCUUGGAUACCCGACACAUUUUGGUCAAAUGGAGUGCCUCAAGUUGAUCGCGUCUCCUGGAUUUCCGGAAAAGAGAAUAGGUUAUCUUGGCCUCAUGUUACUUCUUGAUGAAAGACAAGAAGUUCUAAUGUUGGUCACCAAUUCUUUGAAACAAGAUCUUAAUCACACAAACCAGUAUAUAGUGGGACUCGCACUCUGUGCUUUAGGAAACAUUUGUUCAGCAGAAAUGGCUAGUGAUCUUGCACCAGAGGUUGAGAGACUGCUACAAUUUCGUGACCCCAAUAUUCGGAAGAAGGCAGCAUUAUGCUCUAUAAGGAUCAUAAGGAAAGUUCCAGAUUUGGCAGAUAAUUUUAUCAAUCCUGCUACUUCCUUACUUAGGGAGAAACACCAUGGAGUUUUGAUCACUGGGGUUCAGCUUUGUACAGAUCUGUGUAAAACUAGCACUGAAGCUCUUGAACAUAUUAGGAAGAAAUGCACAGAUGGUUUGGUCAGAACUCUCAAAGAUCUUGCGAACAGUCCUUAUUCACCAGAGUAUGAUAUUGCUGGCAUCACAGAUCCAUUUCUCCACAUUAGGUUGCUUAAACUUUUGAGAGUGUUGGGUGAAGGUGAUGUAGAUGCUAGUGACUCUAUGAAUGACAUACUUGCCCAGGUGGCAACAAAAACCGAGUCAAAUAAAGUUGCAGGGAAUGCCAUUUUAUAUGAGUGUGUUCAAACAAUAAUGAGCAUUGAAGAUAACGGUGGCUUACGCGUACUUGCCAUCAAUAUCCUCGGAAGAUUCUUGUCAAACCGUGACAACAAUAUCAGAUACGUGGCUUUAAACAUGCUUAUGAAGGCUGUAACUGCUGAUGCUCAGGCAGUACAGAGGCACCGUGUGACAAUUCUAGAAUGUGUAAAGGAUUUAGAUGCUUCAAUUCGGAAAAGAGCCCUUGAACUUGUAUAUGUUCUGGUGAAUGAAACUAAUGUGAAACCAUUAGUGAAAGAGCUUGUAGAUUAUCUGGAAGUCAGUGAUCUUGAUUUCAGAGGGGACCUUACUACCAAAAUUUGCUCUAUAGUUGCAAAGUUUUCGCCCGAUAAGAUCUGGUACAUUGAUCAGAUGCUAAAGGUUCUGUCUGAGGCUGGAAAUUUUGUAAAUGAUGAAGUGUGGUAUGCCUUAAUUGUUGUGAUAAGCAAUGCUUCCGAUCUUCAUGGAUACACAGUAAGAGCAUUAUACAGGGCGUUUCAAACGUCUGCUGAACAGGAGACUCUAGUUCGAGUUACAGUGUGGUGCAUUGGGGAGUAUGGUGACAUGUUGGUCAAUAAUGUUGGAAUGCUUGACGUAGAAGAUCCAAUAACUGUGACUGAAUCAGAUACAGUGGAUGUUGUAGAGAUUGCUAUAAAACGUCAUGCAUCAGAUCUUACCACAAAAGCAAUGGCUUUGGUUGCCUUAUUAAAGCUCUCCUCACGUUUCCCUUCUUGUUCAAAGAGGAUCGAGGAAAUUAUUGUACAGCUCAAAGGAAACCUUGAGCUAGAAUUGCAGCAGAGAGCUAUUGAAUUCAAUUCGGUUAUUGCUAAGCAUCAAAAUAUUAGAUCAACACUUGUAGAGAGGAUGCCGGUUUUGGAUGAGGCUACUUUCAUAGGUAGGAGGGCUGGGUCUUUGCCAGGUGCCACUUCUACAGCAACUGCACCUUCAGUUAAUCUCCCGAAUGGGGUAGCCAAACCUGCAGCCCCUCUUGUAGAUCUACUUGAUCUAAGUUCAGAUGAUGUUCCAGUACCUAGCUCUUCUGGCGGCGAUUUUCUUCAUGACCUUCUCGGUGUCGAUCUAUCACCAGCAUUACAACAAUCAGGUACGGGCCAAGGAUCAAAAAGUGGCACGGAUGUUCUUUUGGAUCUUUUGUCUAUUGGAUCACCUUCUACCCAAGGCAACUCAUCUGCAGUAGACAUCUUAUCCUCAAAUAUUAGUAACAAAGCAUCCGUUUCACCAUUGGAUGAUCUCUCACCACUUUCACUUUCUUCAAGAGCUACUUCAAAUGCUGGUCCAAUGAUGGAUUUAUUGGAUGGUAUUUCCUCCACCCCGCCAGCAGAAAACAAUGGAUCAGUUUAUCCAUCUAUAACUGCUUUUGAGAGCAGCUCCUUGAGGUUGACAUUCAAUUUCACAAAACAGCCAGGAAACCCACAAACAACAGCUAUCCAGGCUACCUUUAUGAAUUUGUCCUCCAAUACAUAUACAGAUUUUGUUUUCCAGGCAGCUGUUCCUAAGUUUCUUCAAUUGCACUUGGAUCCAGCUAGUGGCAAUACUCUCCCUGCUGCUGGAAAUGGGUCCAUCACGCAAACUUUGAGAGUUACUAAUAGCCAACAUGGAAAGAAAUCUCUUGUAAUGCGCAUAAGGAUAGCAUACAAGGUAAAUGGAAAAGAUACGCUGGAGGAAGGACAAAUCAGUAAUUUUCCUCGUGAUUUAUGA